UAACAUUGUGAAAAAUUGUAUGGAUCUUCAAUUGCUACUCUCAGAAAAUGAAAAUGUUAGUAAUUCAGAUAUUGAUGCCAUAGAAAUGACAGAUGAGUUAGUAGCAAUAUCCGAGUUAUUAAAACCCAACAGUACUCCGUUAGAAGUGUUACAGUUUAUUGUAAAUAAUAAAAAUUUUGUACCAAAUGUAGCUGUAGCACUUCGAAUUAUUUUAAUUAUGCCUGUGUCGGUUGCAUCUGGCGAACGGAGCUUUUCAAAAUUAAAAAUAAUUAAAAACUAUUUAAGGUCUUCUAUGAAUCAAGAAAGAUUAAGUGAUCUUGCUACAAUUUCUAUUGAAAAAGAAGUAAUGGAAAAUAUGGAAUUUAAAAGUUUACUGCUUGAUUUUGCCCAAGAAAAGGCUCGCAAAAUUAAUUUUAUUUAA